AUGUCCAGACUUUUGAAGAUGUGUUUCUUGUUGAUAUCAAUGAAUCAUGCCAAGAUUACUCACAGUCAGAACUCUGAAGAUUUGCCUCCAUUGUUACACAAAGCUGUGGAGGAAGUAAUAGCUGGGAAAUACCUGAAUGCCCUCCUAGAUAUACUUUAUUUCCAAAGCUCUAAUGUCUGGACGGCAGAUCUGCUUACAAAAGUCAUGGCAUAUUUUCAUGCCCAGGAAAUUAUGUUUACUCUUAGCAGCCUUCAGAUGUCCAUAAAAAGUUACCUGAAGAACCUUUUAUACCAACCCAGGCAACUAUUGUCUGAAUUGCAACAGCUUGAUCAGCAGCAGUUCCAAACUGCAAUGAAGUACCUCUUCAACAGCAAAAAGGAGCAUCUUGAAAUAGGAAAUAUUAUUCUUGACUGGGGCAAGACUAGGGAGAGAAUUUUUCAAAGCCCAGGAGUAAACAGGACCUUGUUCCUUGUAACACUGGAUAAAUGCUUCCUGGCUCUGAGUGCCCUGGACUGUGUGGAUAUCCUGAGUCAGGUUCUGCGUGUGUCAGCAGUGAACUAUCUCCAGCCUGAUGUCAUUGGGAGUCUCCCAAACCUUCUGCUGGAGGAUGCUUUCAGAAACUUAUCAUCAUUAUUCAAGGACCUCUAUGACAGAACCUCAGCAAGCACUCAGAGAGCUCUCUAUAGCUGGAUGAAGCAGAUUCUACAGAAAUCUUACAACAUGAGUGAGUUCAAUGAAUCAACUUCUUGGGUCAGUGCAGAAAGCUUAUGGAUUUUGGGAAGAUACAUGGUCCAUCUCCCAUUAGAAGAAAUUCUGAAAAUUAGUCUCAAUGAAAUCAGACUGUUCAUUAGCUACGACAACGCAACAAAGCAGUUGGACACAGUGUAUGAUAUCACACCAGAGCUUGCACAGGCCCUCCUGGAAAGGAUAAACUCGUCAGGAUUUGAUAUGAGGAACACUUCAACUAUCUACAGGCUGGGUUUGUUGGUUUGUUUUUAUGAGGACCUGGAACAGAUGGAUGCAGCUGUGGCCCGGGCUCUACUUCAUCAAAUGAUUAAAUGCAAUCAGCUGAGAGGUUUCCAGGCCGAGGUUCAUGAGCUCAAAUCUCAGCUCCUGAACAUUGCCAUGCAAAACCAGACAUUGAACGAUACCCUUGGAUCUCUAUCAGAUGCUGUGGUUGGACUAACUUCAAGUGAGCUGGAAUCUCUGUCACCUGAAGCAGUGCAUAAUGCUGUUGCAACAUUAAACCAAGUCUCUGGGUGGGCAAAGAGCCAAGUUAUGAUUUUAUCCAGUAAAUACCUCUCUUACGAAAAGGUUUUAUCAUUUUACAACGUGAGCCAAAUGGGGGCCUUGGUGACAGGAAUUGGCACCCGGUCACUGCACAGCAUGAACCCCAGGGAGCUGGCUCAGAUUAUUCGAGGCACAACAUCCCAGUACUUGUCUGACUUAUCUCCUGCACAGCAACAGGGCAUCCUCAGGAAGAUUGCUGCAUCUGGAGAUUUUUCUUCAUCAGUCAAAGAUAUACAAGGAGCUUUCUUUAAAGAAGUCUCCCUUUCUGGUUUAUGGAAGCAAACUGGAUAUAAUUCUUCAGUGCUGAAAGAAAAAGAACUAAGAAGCAGCCAGGCUUUGUAUCUGUAUGAAUUACUGUCCAAGGAGAACUCUCCCGUUGACCUUGUAAGCACAGGACAGCUUGUGAAAGGAGUAACUUGUCAACUCUUUGAAAGUAUGGACACAAACAUAUUUUUAAACAAUUUUAAAUUCUUUGAAAUUAAUCUUCAUCUGCUUUCUCCAUAUCAGGUUAAUUGUUUGGCUUGGAAAUUUUGGAAAGUCUCCAAUGCAUCCAUUCCUCCCUUCCUCUUACUGGCACUUCCUUCUGAGUACCUGGAGUAUGUUACAGGCCCUUUGUGUGUCCCUUUCCUUGAACGUGUGGGGAAGACUGGAAUGGACCUUCUGAACCCAAGCCUUCACAAAAGGGAUGCUGUCCUGCAAAAAGUACAGGAGUGCUUGAACAGCUCCAUUGCUGAUGAAUAUGAUGUUGACCUCCUUGGAAAUCUAAUCUGCCACUUACCUCCAGCCUUUAUACAUGGCAGAAUGUCCCUGAAGGCAAUGGCAGCAGCCCUACAUCAAUUCAAACUUUGCCAACAGCUCAGCCACGAGCAGAAGACUGAAAUUAAAUACAAACUCCUUCAGUUAUAUGGCUCCUCAAACAACUGGACAUCAGAAACAACAUUAGAUGUUGGACCAUUCAUAGUUAUGUUGUCAAAAGAGGAAUUAAACAUCCUUGCUGAAAAGUUCCCAGAUAUCAUUUUACAAAUAGCAAAGACAAUUGGACCAGUUUCUUCAGCUGAAGAGCUUCUGUCAGCUGUGUUCGAGUCAGUCUCCAACGGCACUGGCAGCGUCCGCCUGUCUCUCAGCAGAGCUGAUUGCCUGAGAACCAGAGCUCCUUCUUCAAAUGAAAUCAUUAAAUUAGGAGAAGCAAAUGUCUUUUGGUCAGUUCAGGAACUGAAAUGCAUGGAUCCAGGGACUUUUGACAAAAAUGUGGAACUUCUUGGGGGUAUCUCAGGUUUUAACAGCUCCCAGCUGACUGCCUUGAAGGAAAAAGCCAAGCAGGUCUGGGGGUUUCUGUCAGACUGGAGGAGUUACCAAAUCAUCUCCCUGGGCCGCAUUGCUCUGGCACUCACUGAACAGGAAAUCACAGAGCUGGACCUGCACUCCAUCGACACCAUUUCUGUUCUUAGUCAGCAAACAGGGUGGACUUUUACCCAGGCAAGAGCUAUUUUGCAAGGUUUUCUAGACGACUCUGGCCAGACCAUCAGCACAUUAAAAAGUUUUGAUUUAGUUGGAUUAGGAGCUGUUCUCUGUGCUUUGAACUCCACAGAAAUCACAUCCAUAAGGACUGUUGAAUUCAGUGCUGCAAUUGCAAGAAUUGGCCUGUUGUUUUGUAGCACCCCUGUCCUGAGGCAGUUUAAGAAGAUGACAGAAUCUGUGUUUGGUGCUGCUACCAGCUGGAAUGGCUCUGUUUUACAGGAAAUUGGCACUAUAGCAGGUGGUUUGAAUGAGGAUGAAUUAAAAGCUUUUGAUAAAAGCUUGAUGCCGUAUUUCCAGCCAUCAGCAGUAAGACAUAUACCUCCUGAAAUUUUCCAAGCAUUGUCUCCAGAGCAAAUAGCAAACCUGGGCCCUGAGAACGCCGCCAUGGUUACAGGAUCACAGCGGGAGCAUCUGGAUGCAUCACAGCUCCAGAGCCUGGGGCUGGCACUGGAUGGAGCCAGGACCAGCAGCCCAGGGACACAGAGCACUGCAGGAUCUCCCCAGCAGGGGCAAACCCCGGCUCCCAGUGGUGCUCCUUGUUUGAGCGGCUUUGGCAUCUGGCUGUGUGCUGUGUUUACACUGCACCUGCCUUUCUGAACCCUCAAGGGCUGAGCCUGAGUGUCCUGGAGCUUACAACAGAGAUGCUAGAGAUAAAAGAGUGUCAGCUCAACUUGAACAUUAGAAUCAAGAGGCUCUGAGAAUUCUGAGUACAGAGUGGUUAAAUUCUCACAAGGAAGACCCUCAUCGUUAUGAGAACUAUCUCCUUUCCAUAGCUUUACCAUUAGCAAGUAACACAGUAUCCCUCCAAAUACUUCGAGUUUAAAAACUGGAAAUGGCUUAUCUGUCUCAUGAGAAAAUCACUGAAAUAUAGGAUUGUGUGUUGGGUAGGAAUUUGAAUUAUAGGGGGGACAGGUAGCAGAAGACUGUUAUUUGGAGGCUGAUGUCUGAUACCCAGUUUUUUACAUGGGCUAAUUUGGUCACACUGUUGUAUCCUUUUGUUGGGUUUUCUUUUAUUUCAAGUUUACAUUACCUGGGGAGGGGCUAUCCUUCUGUGUGGUGUAGUAGAAACUGCACUAAAAGUUACUGCUGUUACAAUAAAAUAGCUUCAUCUCAGA